GGAAAUUUGGAUUUUAUGUGGGUCUUCAUGAAAAUAUCACGGCGUUAAAGCUUAGAUCCGCCGGCCCUCCAUCACCUCCGUGAUGAGAUCGGCGGGGGCUAUGGCGGCAACUUCUGUGAGUUCACCGGCGGCGAUCCUUCUUUUAGCUCUGUUUUUCUCGCACAUCCUUGCUUGGACCGUUGCUGCCGGCGCCAGCUCUGACGACGGGUACACGAUCGCGGGACGGGUAAAACUGGGAGGUAAAACUCCCAAGGAAUUUGGCCAUUCAUCAAAGCUCACAAAUGCCAAAGUCAUACUUAAUGGUGGCCAAAACAUCACUUUUACUAGAGCUGAUGGUUAUUUCUCAUUCCACAAUGUGCCUUCUGGGACACAUCUGAUUGAAGUAGCUGAGCUAGGCUAUUUCUUUUCCCCGGUUCGUGUAGAUAUCAGUGCUAGAAACCCAGGUAAUAUCCAUGCAGCGCUCACAGAGAAUCGCAAAGUUCUUUAUGAGUUGAUUCUAGAGCCGCUAAGAGAAGAGCAGUACUAUGAGAUAAGGGAAGCUUUUUCCAUUUGGUCAGUAGUCAAAAGUCCAAUGGGUUUAAUGUUGGGUUUCACGCUUUUGGUGAUAUUCGUCAUGCCAAAAUUAAUGGACAGUAUUGAUCCUGAAGAAAUGAAACGGGCACAGGAGGAGAUGAGGGCGCAAGGGAUUCCUUCCAUUUCGAACAUGCUGGCGAGGGCCAGUUGAGCUUUUAGAGAUUGAAAGAGGAGAUGAAACUACACCUGAGAAAUUAUUGUGGCAGAUUUUAGGAAUUUGUGAUGAAAUAAUUUGUUCUCUAAUUUUCUUCUUUAAUUACUUUUCUGGUUGAAGUUCUCUAAUUUUUUUCUUUAAAAUGUUAGGCAUGUUUUUUAAAUUUUUAUCUUGAUGUUGUCGUAUUGGUGGUCACA